AUGGAUGCAGUCCAUACAGGUCAGCCUCCUUACUCCCAAGUAAGGAGCCUUACUCCCAAGGCUCAGAGUAAGAUGAAGAACAGAGAACAGCACUGGAGAGACAAAUGGAGUGUAUCCACCACACUGAAUAAAACCCAGACGUUGCUUCGAAGCCCCGCCCCUUCCUGCCGACGCCACCUAAACGUCAGACGCCACUUCCGCCACUUCCGCCACUUCCGCCACUUCCGCCACUUCCGCCACUUCCGCCACUUCCACCGCCUUGGCCUGAACGCUCCGGAUCGCACACCUGCGCCGCCAGCCAUAAUGAUCCCGCCGCUUCCAUGUGUGCGCCAGAACUACCACCCUCACUGCGAGGCCGCCAUUAACUACCAGAUCAACCUGGAGCUCUACGCCUCGUCCUUGUACCUGUCCAUGGCCUCUUAUUUUGAUAGCCACGAGGUGGCCUUGAAGCACUUCAGCCAGUUCUUCCUGCGAAAGUCCAGCCAGGAGUGGAAGCACGCCGAGAGGCUGAUGUGGCUGCAGAACCAGCGUGGGGGUCUCCACAACCAGCGCGACAUCCGCAGGCCUUACCUCAGCCACUGGAAUAGCAGCCUGGGCGUCAUGAAGUGCGCUUUGCACGUGGCUAUUAGCGUGAACCAGAGCCUGCUCGACCUGCACGAGCUGGCCACCGAGAAGAAGGACACCCACCUGUACGCCUCCCUGGACAGACACUACCUGCGCGAGCAGGUGAAGUCCAUCAGAGAUCUGCAGGACCUCAUCAGCAGCCUGCGCAAGUGGCGGUCCCUGGAAGCCCGCCUGACGGAUGACCUGUGUGCCAAGCGCACCCUGGGCGACAGUGACAAGAAAUGA